AUGAGUAAAUUUUGGUCAGCCUUAAAAAGUUUUAGAUCGCAGAAAAGGAAGAAACAUGGGGAAGGAAUUGGAAAGAAAAAAUGGAAGAGACACUUCGAAAUACUGUUAGAGGCAGAUGAUAAUAAUGAAGUUAUUAACGCCGAAGGACAAAGAGAAGAGGAAGAAGUAGAAAGGGCAGGAAAUAGAAACGAGGAUGGGGAAGUCGCACAAAACGAAGAAGAGAAACAAGAGGCAGAAGAAAUACUAAAUAGGGAUAUUUCAUUGGAAGAAUUUUUAAAAUGUUUAAAGAAAAUGAAGAACGGAAAAGCAGCUGGGGAAGAUGGAAUAGCAAUAGAGUUCUUUAAAGAACUCGAUGGAGUUUGGAAGUUGGAAUGUCAUGAGACAAUAAAUGAAUUAUGGAAGAGUGGACAAAUAGCGAAGGGAUGGGAAAAAGCAAAUAUAUCCUCGAUUUUUAAAGGUGGAGAAGAGAACGACACUGGAAAUUACAGAGGAGUCUCACUGCUGGACACCGGAUAUAAAAUACUUGCCUCGUUAAUGGACGAACGUAUAAGAGAAUGGAUGGAAAUCGUUAUAGAGAAUCUCAAGCGGGCUUCAGGAAAAAAAGGUCAACGAGGGAUCACAUAUUCGUCUUUAAUGCGCUGA